AUGGCUGUCACCAAGGAAGCAAAGGCCGCCAUGCAGAAGGGACGCGUCGAGAAGUCGAAGAGCAAGAAGGCCAAGCUGGAGGCUGCGCGCGCCCGCGCUGCCGUCGCGCGCGAGGCCCGCACCGGCAAGAAGGCAGCUGUUACGAAGGCGACACCCAAGAAAAGGGAGGGAGGAUUGCAUGCCAACUGGGAGAUGGUGAUGACUUACAUCUUCGGAUCUGAUGGAGAAUUUGGCGCUGACGGAUGGGCGAUGGAUCUUCUCACACUUGCGCUCGACCUACUCUGCUUGCUCCGGUGCUCGCGGUCGGUACUUAAACUCGGGUGGAGGGAUUCGGAUGGGAUUUGCGCUUUUGAUCACAUCGGAUUUCUUCUGGGUCUCGUGGGUGGGAAAUGCCUUUUCUGA